AAGAAAGUUGUCAUAACUUAUAACUAAGAUGUUUGCCAGUUAUUACCAAUCUCAGCUUUCUCCGUCAUGACAAAUAUAUAAUGAAUAUUCAACGCAUGUUUGUAACGAACUAUACAACAACGUCGAGGCCUUCCACUUUCAAUUCUCUACAAAUUGUCCACAAACAAGUAGCUCGCAAAAGCUCAGACGGUAAGUCAUGGGAGCCUGUGCGAGCAAACCUAAGGAUUUCGAUAAGGAGUUGGCCCCUGCCCCUGAGCCUGCCACCCCCAAAAAGACCGAGCAGGAGACCCCUGUCCCUGCUUCUCAGGAGGAGAAAGAUGGGGAGGAGGCUAAAAAGGAAGAGCCUUCUGUAGAUGUGUCUGCACCAGCAACAGAGGCUCCCAAGAUUGAGGAAGUAACCGCUGCUACCGCCCAAGCGGCCGCCGAGGAGGUGAAGCCUGCAAAGGAGGAGGAGAAGAAGACUGAGGAAGUCAAACCAGAGGAGAAGAAGGUAGCUGAAGAGGCCCCAAAACCUGCUGCUCAGUAAAUAAUAACAAAACAAAAAUACAAUCCUUAAACCCCCUUUGUUAAUUUUCAUUUGCAUCUAAUUUUUGUUCUGUCACAUAUUGGAAUGUUUUGCUAGUUUUUUCAUUUGUUGUGGUAAAAGAAAAACAAAAAAUAAAUAAAGAAAAGUUUCCAAACA